AUGGGAUACAAGGAGUUGAGAUGUGUGCUCUUGCAGGAGAACUACUGUGAUCCACUCCUCAUCACUCCUGCUUCCCCAUUGCUCCUCCCCAUUGCUCCUCCCCAUCGCUCCUCCCCAUCGUUCCGCCCCACCACUCCGCCCCAUCACUCCAACCCCUUCACACAGCUUCACCCCCGUCCCCCUCCCCCGCCUCCCACUCUCCUUUCCACAGGGGAGAGGACUGGCACCUCUUCUUCUUCCUCUCCUCUCAAACAAGUACUCUCAGUUGCCUCUUCCUCUCUCUCUGCUCUCCGCAUCCCUUUAUCACCCCGGCCCCUGGUCCUCUCUCUCCCUCCCCCCCCUACCCUCGCCCCACCCCACAGCACCUACUUCCUCUCUCUCCCUGCUCUAACCUGCCCCCAACCCAACCCCAUGCCACCUCCCCCAUUCUCCCCCCACCCAUUCCUCUCCCUCCUCUCUCUCUCUCCCCCCAAAGGCUGUGGUGAGGGCAGCAUCACGAUUGCUCGAGUUGACUCAGGGAAAGCGGGUCGACACGGGUGUUGCUUCAACCCACCCUCCCCCACCCCCCACUUUCCCCUCUCUCACUCCCCCGCCCCCCAAAGGCGAGCAGCAUCACGAGUGCUGGAGCUCACUCAGGGCAAGCGGGUCGACACAACCGUGCUAGAGGGGCUGAUAGGGGUGGUGGAGAGGAAUAGGAGAGGCGGGAAAGGGGAGGAGGAGGAGGAGAACAGCGGAGAUGGCGAGGGAGGGAGAAGGGGAGAGGAGGGUGGAGGUGAGGGUGGUGGGGAGGGGUUGGAGGGGAGAGAUGGGGAUGGUGGUGAGAUUGAUGAUUUGAUGAUGAGUUUACAGCCGUUGGAUCUGGGCAAGAUGGCAGGGGGAGAGGAGGCGGUGGGCGGGGAGGGUGGAGGAGAGGGUGGAGGAGAGGGGAAUGGUGUGCCAGAAACGAAUGGUGCUUAUAAGGAGGAUGGAGGGACGCAAGCAGGGAGUGGCGGUCCCAUGAACGAAAGGGAGGCCGCCAGGCUUGAAACCGAGCUGAGGAAGCUUCUGGGAAAGGCAGUGGCGUCAGGAGCAGGAGUGCCGGAGAUUUACCGCCUGCAAGGAACCUUCCUGGAAGCCGUGGGCGAUGCUGACGUGGCAGCGGAGGCCUUCCUGCGCCACGUGCGCUCGCUGCAGUCUGCCAGCUGGCAGCACGGCGAGCCAGAUGCGUUCCGCCAGCUGACACGGGCGGCGCUGAGGUGGACGGUGGCAGUGGUGCGAGGGGUGGCUGGGGAAGAGGGGAUGGAGGAAGUGAAGAGGGAAGGAGUGGAGGAGAGAGAAGGGGAGGGAGUGAGAGUGAGUGGUGCUGGCAAAAGGAGGUUGGCAUCGGUGCGCAUGCUUCUAAGCAACAUCUUGAAGCAGGGAGACCAUUUUUCUGAUGUUGGGGAGUUUGGAGAGUUGAAAGCAGCUUUGGGGGCAGUUAGCACUAUGGAAGCUAGAGGGGAAUAG